AUGUGGCGAUGUAAAGCUGGUCGACGACGAGUCUUUAGCGACGUCGCUAGCGAUGGUCGAUCAUUAAUUGCUAAUUCUACUACUAGAAUAUACAUUGGCAGUCGAAAUGCUGCUAUUUCAUGCAAUUUUCGACUUCCAAUGAUGCGUGUAGCCUCCGCAAGAGCAUGUUUUACGUCAUGGGAUACUACAUCAUGCGUAUCAUCCACUAUUCGGCCUAAUUAUCGAGGUUUUAGCAGCAAUUCAACGCAAUUAUUGCUAUUCCAACGUCAAACUGGUCUUUCUGUAGACAAUAAAGUGUCUACAUUGUACCGACGCAGCUUUAGUAGUGUCGAGAGUCUCUACCAGAAGAAGACGCCAUUGGAACAUGUGCUUUUACGUCCAGGCAUGUAUAUUGGCUCUGUAGAGACUACAAAGGACAAUAUGUGGAUGAUCUCGUCGGAGAAUGGAGCUAAGGAGUUUGUAGAAGGACUCACGAUGAAACAACAGGCUGUAGAGUAUGUCCCUGCAUUGUACAAGAUUUUUGACGAGAUCAUUGUCAAUGCAGUCGACAAUAAGGUUCGCGACCCUUUGAUGAGACAUCUGGAUGUGAUUAUUGAGCCUGGUAACAAAGCGAAUGGAUACAGGUCGUGGAUUUCAGUCUACAAUGAUGGCAAAGGUAUUCCUGUCAAGUUCCACAAGACGGAAAAGGUUUACGUGCCCGAACUGGUGCUAGGCCAUUUGCUAACGGGAUCGAAUUUUGACGAUACGAAUGCGAGAUUGACUGGCGGGCGACACGGAUAUGGUGCCAAGUUGACGAAUAUCUUUAGUAAAAAGUUUAUUGUCGAGACAGGUGAUACGUCGAUGGGAUUACGGUACAAACAGGUUUGGCAAAAUAAUAUGCGCACUCGCGGAGAACCCGAAAUUACGGAGUUUACGGGCAAAGAUGCGAAGGACUUUACAAAAGUGUCGUUUUCACCUGACUUGGAAAAAUUUGAGAUGGAGAAACUUACGACAAGUAUGGCACGUGUACUGAAGAAACGAGUAUACGAUGUGGCUGGCUGCUUAUCGGAUGUGGAGGUUACUCUUAAUGGCAAGAAGGUGCCUAUUUCCGGCUUUGAGUCGUAUAUCCAAGCCUUUUGCCAGUCCACUACGACAGCUGCGGUUUUAAAGCCAACAAAGUCAGGUGCUGUGACGCAAGACAGUAGUGACGAAGCAUCUUCUGUCUCGAAUUACAUUUAUUCUCGUGUGAAUAAACGCUGGGAAAUUGGUGUGUUGCCUUCCGAUGUGGGUUUUGUACAAGUAAGUUUUGUCAACGGCAUGUCGGCGCUGCGUGGCGGCUCCCACGUUGGCUACAUAAGUGACCAAAUAUGCCGUCGUGUUGCUGAGCAUGUGACCAAAAAGUUCUCGGAGCUGUCCGUUAACACAGCACACGUAAAGCCACACCUGGCAAUCUUCAUAAAUUGCCAAAUUGAGAAUCCGACGUUCGACUCGCAGAUGAAAGAGUACAUGUCCUCACGGCCACAGACCUAUGGAUCAACGUGUACACUUUCUGAAAGGCUUUUGAAGCUGGUGCUGUCGGACUCCGGUAUUGUAGACCGAGUUGUGCAAAGUGCUCGCGCGCGACAGCGUGCUGCCCUCUUGAAGAAGGUGUCGUCCACGCGUUCGAAAAACACGUCAGUGAACGUACCAAAGCUUGAGGAUGCUAAUCUCGCGGGUGGGCCUCGCUCAAGCGAAUGUUCGCUUAUCCUGACCGAAGGUGACUCAGCAAAGGCACUAGCAGUGGCAGGUCUUGCAGUUGUCGGGCGUGACCGGUACGGUGUCUUUCCUCUCCGUGGCAAACUUUUGAAUGUGCGCGAUGCGUCUGUGGCGCAACUCGGUAAAAAUGCCGAGUUUGCACAUCUCUGCACGAUUCUUGGUCUUCGCAUGGACGAGCGUUAUGACACGAAGGAAGCACGUCAGAAACUGCGCUAUGGCCGCGUUAUUGCCAUGACGGAUCAGGAUCACGACGGCUCACACAUCAAAGGCUUAUUGUUUAACUUGCUCCACACGUUUUGGCCAGAGUUACUGAAGGAAGGUGGUUUUAUCAGCGAGUUUAUUACACCCAUUAUCAAAGUGAGUCCUUCGUCUAAGCGCGUUGGCAUCGACCGCGGUUUGGAGACUCACCGCUUCUUCAGUCUUCCGGAGUACUUUAAAUGGAAAGCUUCUCUUGACCCGGACAACUUUAAGUAUUAUACGAUCAAAUACUACAAGGGUCUCGGUACUAGCACUAGUGCUGAAGGACGCGAGUAUUUUAGCGACUUGGAUAAACACCUAGUGGAUUUCCAUUGGAGCGGUGACAGCGAUGGCGAUGCAUUGGAUAUGGUCUUUAGCAAAGCACGAGCUGCAGAUCGCAAGGCUUGGCUUUUAAAUGAGUACUCUUCCGAUUCUUUCCUCGACACAAGCUCGGGAGAUGUAACGUACCGUGACUUUGUGAACCGUGAGCUCAUUCAAUUUUCUCAUGCGGAUAAUGCACGGUCGCUGCCAUCUGUUGUUGAUGGCCUUAAGAUUUCGCAGCGUAAGGUGCUGUUCGCCUGCAUGAAGCGCAAGCUGACUAGCGAGGUAAAGGUCGCGCAACUGGCGGGUUACUGCAGCGAGCACACAGCUUAUCAUCAUGGUGAAGCUUCAUUACAUUCUACGAUUGUUAACAUGGCCCAGGACUUUGUUGGUUCUAACAACCUUCCACUGCUGUAUCCAUCCGGCCAAUUUGGAACUCGGUUGCAAGGAGGCAAGGAUGCCGCUAGUCCUCGAUAUAUCUUUACACAGCUUCAAAAGCACACUCGCUUGGUCUUUCCUGAGGAAGACGAUGCUUUGCUUCGUUACGCCGACGAUGAUGGUUUUCCAGUUGAACCCGUAUAUUACGUUCCUAUUAUUCCGAUGCUGCUCGUGAAUGGUGCAGAGGGUAUUGGUACAGGUUGGUCUUCGUCGAUUCCUUGCCACCACCCGAUACAGGUGAUCGACAACCUAUUAAGGCUCCUCAGUGCCGAAGAAGAAGGAGACGAUCUGUCAAAGGUAGAGUUGGCACCGAUGACUCCGUGGGCUAAAGGAUUCAGCGGUGUGAUUCGUCAGACCGGCAAACACUCGUUUGUUUCGCGUGGUACCGUACAACAAAUGAACACGUCCACGCUGCGGGUGACCGAGCUGCCAAUUAGCAAGUGGGUCGAGGACUAUAAGAAGUUCCUGUGGGACCUCAUUGGCAAGAAGGCUAUUCGGUCUUUCUCGGAGCACCACUCGGAUCGUGAUGUUCGCUUCGACAUCUCCAUGACACGCUCUGAUCUGGCUCAGUACGCAGAGGAUGCUGCCAAGAAUGAUGAUAGCGACAAUGCUGGCAACGGUGAAGCAUUGAUCAAGCUGUUGCGCCUUGAAGCCCCUCUUAGCACCAGCAAUAUGCAUGCGUUCAACGCUGACGGUCAGUUGGUCAAGUACGAAACGAGCGAGGAUAUUUUACGCGACUUUUACGUUGUUCGACGGGAUUUGUAUUCAAAGCGGAAGCAGUAUUUGGAGCAACAUCAAACAAAGGACGUUCUUCGAUUACGCAACCGUAUUCGCUUCAUCGAGGAGGUCUCGUCGGGCAGUUUACAGAAAGUCAUAAAAGAGCGCAUUCCGAAAGAGGAGCUUGUCGAGCUUUUAAAGGAGCACGGGUUUUCUCCAGCAUCAGCUUUAAAGAUGAAGGAGAUCGACCACGUCGGUGACCUCGGCUUGACUGCAGUUGGUCGUAUUUCAGAUGAUGCAAUUGUUGCAAGUGAUGAUAGUCAAGACUUUGAUUAUCUACUGAAUACGUCCCUCAUGAGCUUUACGAAAGAGGUUAUCGACCGAUUGCAGAAGGAACACAAUCUCAAGCAGAUCAAGUUACAACAAUUGGAGAAAAUGACCCCGGCUCAAAUUUGGCGUGAUGAGCUCUUUCGAUUGCGUACUGAAUUACUGCGCGAUAUAGAGUUUCAAGGAAUUCAGCGCAGAGACCAGGUAAGAUCAUGUCGUCUUACAACACUUGAUACUGAGAGUAGCGGCAACGUUACCUCGUCAUAUGCACAAUCAUUAUUUAGAACAGUGUCUGCUCUAUCUAUUGAGCCCCUUUGGGCCUCAAAUGGAUACCGGAGUGACGUGUUUGAAGCCAUGGCAAAGCAUGGAGCCGAAGUCGUGACUGUGCCACGUAACUUUAAGUUGCUGGAAGAGCUGGAAAACAGUGAAAAGGGACAUGGGGAUAUGAGCAUUUCCUAUGGAUUAGAGCAAGCAGAUGAUAUUUUUUUGACGAACUGGAUAGGAACUAUCCUUGGUCCUGCUGGAACGUGCCAUGAUGGACGUAUUUACAGUCUACGGAUCCAUUGCAGUGACAUGUAUCCUCAUAUGCCGCCUGAGGUGCAUUUCACGAGCCGCAUCAACAUGAGCUGUGUGAAUCCCCAAUCGGGCCGUGUCGACCCACGACGAUUGGUGGCAUUGGGCAAUUGGCACCGUAAUAACGGCAUUGAGAAUGUACUCGUGGCAAUUCGUGCCGAAAUGGGGUCUACGACCAAUCGACGUCUGCCACAACCACCUGAGGGUGCCAACUUUUAA